AUGACACGACAACAAGGAGAGUAUGAUCUGGCCGUUCUUGGUACAUGUGGUUCUGGAAAAUUAGCUCUAACUUUCCAAUAUACUAGUUUCCUUGAAGAACAAUUUCCGGACAACAAAUAUUCACUUCGAAAAUAUGUCAAGAUCGAUGACGAACCCUAUUUCUUGGACUUUCUUGAUAAUACAGGUAAUGAGGAGUAUAGAGCUUUGUUGGAUCAAACCAUGAGAUGUGGAAGUGGAUUCUUGUUGGUGUAUCGAGUGAGUGAUCGAAAUACGUUUGAACCAAUGAAUGAUUUGUAUGAACAAAUUUUGGUAAAGAAGGAUGCUGAAAAGGUACCAAUGGUGUUGGUUGGUAAUAGGUUCAAAAUGGAAUCAGAAAGACAAGUCACAUUUGAAGAAGGUAAACGAUUCGCCAGGGACAUUAAUAUUCCAUUCUUUGAAGUAGAAACAACAGAAGAUAUUAUUCAAGCUUUUACGACUUUGGUUUGUGAAAUUCGGAAAACAAAGCCAAAUCAUAUACCAAUACAAAUACCCCAAAAGAAAUCAUGUGAAUUAUUAUAA